UAAGCAGUUUUAAUUUUGAUGUGUGGUAGUAUAUAUUUUUCAUCGACUAGUGUACCAAAAGAGGAAAGAGAGAGAAAUUUGUUUAAAAAUUUUUAAAUAACAAAUGAUCAAUGGAUUAUUAACCAUUAUGAUAGAGUAAAAUAAUAUCUUCAAAAGAAAGAGUAGACAACGAGGAUAUCUACAUUUUAAGACAUCUGAGGACUUGGAUAAUACCGAUUACGAGUCUGGAGUCCUGAGAUCGUGAACAAAAUGGAUAAAAACGAUAAUAACUUCGGUUCAUAUAAAAAACAUUCUGCUAUUUAUCGUGAUGCCUAUAAGAGAUCUUUGGAGAAUCCCGAAGAAUUUUGGGCAGAGGUAGGAAAAUUGAUUAAUUGGUUUAAACCGUGGAACAAGGUCCUCGACAAUUCCAACGAACCUUUCACCAAAUGGUUCGUCGGAGGAGAGUUGAAUGCCUGCUACAAUGCUGUCGAUCGUCACGUUGAGUCUGGCAACGGUGAGAAAACAGCCAUCAUUUAUGAUAGCCCACAAAUUUCGAUUAUCAGAAAAAUAACCUACAAUGAGCUGUUGGAAAAAACCUCGUUGCUGGCCGGCGCUUUAGCUGAUAUUGGAGUUAGUAAAGGCAAUAAAGUUAUCAUCUACAUGCCACUUAUACCAGAGACUAUAAUAACCAUUUUGGCCGUCGCCAGACUUGGUGCUAUCCACUCGGUUGUUUUUGGAGGAUUCGCUGCAAAAGAGCUGGCCAACAGGAUAAAUCACGCGAAACCAAAGGUAGUCGUCAUUGCCAGCUGCGGUCUGGAGCCUAACAAAAUUAUUACAUAUACCACGGUGCUAAAUGAUGCCUUGAAAUUAAUAUCUGUGAAAGCACCGAAAUGCAUUAUCUUUCAAAGAAAAAAUAUCUGGACUUUUCCGCUCAGUCCUGAUCAGUAUGAUUGGGAGGAAAUUUUGAGUAAAGCCAAAGCACAUUCCUGCGUUCCGGUCGAGGCUAACGAUCCUUUGUAUAUAUUAUAUACAUCAGGAACGACAGGUGAUCCAAAGGGAAUUCUAAGGCCUACAGGUGGUCACUUGGCGACUCUUACCUGGUCAAUGAAGGUUAUUUACGGGAUGAAUAAAAAUUCGGUUUGGUGGAGUGCUUCGGACAUGGGCUGGGUCGUCGGACAUUCUUACAUUUGUUACGGUCCUUUAGUCUAUGGUGCAACGACUGUGAUGUACGAAGGAAAACCCGAUAGAACACCCGAUGCCAGUCAAUACUUUAGAAUAAUAGAUCACCAUAAAGUAAAUGCCCUUUUCUGUGUACCAACGGCACUUAGAGUUUUGAAACGUGCCGAUCCCAAUUGUCUUUUAGGUAGAAAAUAUUCUAUGGAAUCAUUGCAGACGAUAUUCGUGGCCGGGGAAUAUUGCGAUUACGAAACAAAAUUGUGGGUGGAAAGUAUAUUUAACGUGCCUGUAAUAAAUCAUUGGUGGCAAUCGGAAACGGGACACCCAAUAACCGCAUUGUGUCUUGGAUAUGGGAUAGAUAAUUUUUUGCCAAAGUUUAGUACAGGUCUUCCGGUUCCUGGCUAUCGCAUCGAGAUACUCGACCAAGAAGGAAACAAUACAGCGGUACGCGAACUCGGAAGGAUCGUUAUAAAGCUACCUCUGCCUCCUGGUUGCUUAUCCACCCUCUAUCUCGCAGACAAAAGAUUCAAUGAAAUUUAUUUCUCGACUUAUCCGGGAUAUUACGAUACGAUGGAUGCUGGUUAUAUGGACGAAUACGGCUAUGUUUAUGUAACUUCGCGCGACGAUGACAUCAUCAACGUUGCCGGACAUCGUUUAUCGACAUUUGCUCUGGAAGAUAUUAUUUUAGCGCAUCCUGACGUCGCUGACGCCGCAGUCGUUGGCGUUUCCGAUAGUACUAAAGGCGAGGUUCCACUUUGCCUCUACGUCAAACAUCAAGGAACGACUAAUAAAACUGAAAACAUCAAUCAGGAACUGAUCGCAAACGUUAGACAAGUGAUUGGGCCUAUCGCAUCAUUUAAAAUCAUUGAUGCCGUCAAUGGUUUACCUAAAUCACGUUCCGGAAAAAUUAUGCGUAAAAUCAUUUCCAAAAUAGCGAAUUCCGAACAAGUUAAGAUGCCUAGCACAAUCGAGAAUCCUCUGGUCUUCCAUGAAAUAAAAACGGUCCUACAAAAAUUGGGCUAUGCCAAACAAGCGCCGGAUUUGGAAUGAUAUAAUACUGUUUCUAAGUCUUAUCUUGUUAUUUCAUUAUAACUUUGUUUUCAUUAUUUAUCAGUUCUCGAAUUUACAUACGUAGAUCGAGUACUAUUAUUGUUAGUAAUGA